UAGAAACCAGCAUGGACACUUCCUUGUUGAAAGAACUUAAACGUGACUUCUCAGGAAUAAUACACAAGUACACAUCAAGUUUGACUUUUGAUGAGAUCGUGAGAGAGCAACCAAGCCAAACAAUGCCGGGGCCACUGCACGAAGCUAGCAGAAGUAUUUCCCGACAAGAACUCUUGUCGAAAAUUAUAUCCACCAUCGUUGGUCUGGCAGCAUCCUUCACUAUCACAUAUUUUGGGGUGAAAUAUUUGGUCAACGCAAUGGACCCAACUCGAAAGGACAAAAAGGAGGCCCAGGACAGGGCUCAGAAGAUGUUAAAGCGUCUUGGAGUUGAAAAUGUGCAAAAGUUGUCUGAGUAUGAGCUGUGCAUCGCCUCCAACCUGGUGGACCCUCUGACAAUUGACAUCUCGUGGGAGGACAUCGGAGGGUUGGACAUCCUCGUCAAAGACAUCAAGGAGACUGUCAUCCUGCCUUUCACUCACAGCGAGCUGUUCAGGAAUUCACAACUACUGCAGCCACCUAAAGGUGUCCUGCUGUAUGGGCCGCCCGGAUGUGGCAAGACGAUGCUAGCAAAGGCCACAGCAAAGGCUGCAGGCGCUCGGUUUUUAAACCUACAGAUUUCUUCCCUCGUAGACAAGUGGUACGGAGAGUCCCAGAAAAGAGCGGAGGCUGUCUUCUCAUUAGCAAUCAAGUUACAGCCGACAAUCAUUUUCAUAGAUGAAAUAGAUUCCUUCCUACGGUCUAGAUCUUCCACAGACCAUGAGGCAACAGUGAUGAUAAAGACCCAGUUCAUGAGUUUCUGGGACGGUCUGAUCACAGACCCUAACUGCCACGUGAUGGUGAUGGGAGCCACCAACAGACCCCAGGACGUGGACGCUGCCAUCUUGAGACGAAUGCCCAGCAUGUUUAAGAUUGGUUUGCCGAUAAAGAGUGCAAGGAAGCAGAUUCUCAAGCUUAUACUGGAAAAGGAACAUGUCAGUGAGAUUGACUAUGAUCGUCUGGCUGAGGUGACCACAGACUUCUCUGGGAGUGAUCUGCGGGAGGUGUGUCGGUCAGCGGCCAUCACGACGGUCCAGGAGCUGGUCAUGCAGAGGAACAACAGCCCCGGGGAAGCUGGGGUGGAAAAUCUUGUCGACCGAAGACGGAUAACUUUCUGCGACUUGGACAAUGCAAUACGCAAAGUGAGACAGACGAAGAGCAUGUCAUCGUCCAGUCAGAGCCUAUUCCCUGUAGACUGAGUCAUGUCCUUCUAGACCAAGUAGCAGUGUGCCUGUCAGAGAGUCAGGGUGUGGCACAGGUGUACUGUGUGUGUGUAGAAGCUGUAUGUGUGCAUUUGUACAGAAAUCACCACCAGUAUAUAAUCAUGUUAUCACUGACGAUGUUUGUGUGAUGUAUAUCCAUCAGGACUAAUGGUAAAUUAGAAAUAUCAUUUUAACUGGAAUUAUUGUUACUGUGUUGUAUGUAACUGUGUCACAAUUAGCUGCAAAAUUGCUGAUGCGACAUUAAGCAAGAGUCAUUCACUGUGCGUAAUUGUGGACAUGUGAUUUUUAAUAGAAGAAUAAUUUUUUGAUAAUGUCGGUAAAUUUAAGAAGAUGGAUGUUUAAGUCUGUAGAGAGGACUACUUCAAGUCUUCUCAAGCUUGCUGGAUGAUUUGCUUUGGUUUUGAAAAUAUAGUUAAAAUUGUUUUCUGAAAAAUCCUUUUUUUAUUUUUGCUGAAAGUUAAGUUGUGGCAUAACAUAGUGCAAUUGUAGCAGGGUGUGGAGUCAUCCCACAGAUGACAUCCUUACCUUGUAAGUGUAGCAGGGUGUGGAGUCAUCCCACAGAUGACAUCCUUACCUUGUCAGUGUAGCAGGGUGUGGAGUCAUCCCGCAGAUGCCAUCCUUACCUUGUCAGCUUGCUGAGAGGGUAAACCACUUUGGUCAUGUGGACAAGGUGUGUGCCCUUGGAUGAAAAAAUCUGUGGUUCAAAUCCUGUCAUGGGACUGUUAUGGCUGCUGCAUUGGCACUCAACAUGAGGUUGAAUAUGUUCCUAUCACAUGGAGCAAAAUAAGUCUCAGUACCCUCCCAUGCGGCCCGGGAUGUACCCUCUUGUGACAGGGGUGUGUGUAGCAGGGCGUGGACAACUAGAUCAAACUAUUUGUUCGUGUGGGCAAUUUUUAUGUGAAAUAUUUUGGCUGCUUAACAUAGAAUAGGUUCAACUAACAGAAAAUAGGUCCGAACGGUCGAAUGGCGAUACAGGCAUAACUGACACUGCACAUAUGGCAAGAAAAAACCAAGAUUUGUGUCUGGACCCGAAUAGUCAUCCCCAGGCUCUAGUCAUUCCUUGCGAUGAUGGAAUAUCUGUUUGUUUACCUUAUCUUCACAAGUGUGAUGCCCUUUGUACAUGUUGUAUAGAUCUAUACAUUGCAACACAGUGUAUCAUUGCGUCCUAAAUUAUAUAACCUUGGUGCGCAUUUAUCUAUACAUGUAUAUAUAUGCAGUUCUGAAGCGACAGGUCUGGGGUCUGUACAGUAGAUGAUAGUGUUAUUUAUCAGUACUUCAUGAUUGUUUUGUAAGGUGUGUUCCCUCUGUUUUGUAUUUAAAUCGUGUAAAGUUUUGGUCUUCUGAUCAGAUUUAUUCCAUUCACAUAAUGUCAAAAUGUUCAGAUCUUUGCCCAUCUAUUAUUUGUUGAAAAGUAACAUGAUUGAUCUUUUUCACUGUUGCAUUAAAAUGAAAUGUAAUUGUGUGGUCUUUAUCACUAUGUUCAUAUGUAUUACCAAGCAGGCUGACAUCCCAACUAUAUUUGAUCAUUUGUGACAACCAAUAUUGCAGUGUACAGUGAAACAUCGUGAGUCCGGAACCCGUUCUUCCUUAAUCCCUACCCACUGGACAAAUUCUGUCAGUAACACUCACAGUUGUACAAAGGGUCCUUGACUCUGUAUGGAUGAUUUGUUUAUCUGGACAAUUGAUAAUUCGGACAAGUUCACAGGGGACAGAUUAGCAAGUUCCACUGUGCAAUAUAGUAUUGUGUUUGUCAGGUUUCAUGUUAUAUCAUCAUCUCCAUAUAUACAGAUGUCUUUCUUUUAGGGGGUGGUCGGGUACCCUAAGUGGUUAAAGCAUUUGUUCGUUAGGCCGAAGACCCGGGUUCGAUUCCCGACAUGGGUACAGUGUGUGAAGCUCAUUUCUGGUGUCUCCCGCCGUGAUAUUGCUGGAAUAUUGCUAAAAGCGGCGUAAAACCAAACUCACUCACUCACUCCUGGUAUAAUGUAAGUUGUCCUGGAAUAAUUCUCACUGGGAAGCAGUGUUAUUUGAGUAAAGGAAGAAGAGUUCAGUUUUACCACACAGGUCACAAAUCAGGUGAAGUUAAGCAACAUCGGUCGAGAGUCCUUGUAUCAUGUGUAUGGGUGACUGCGUGUCGGCAGCUUGCCUCCUGAGUUUCUGGGGCUUUGGUCCUGCCCCACACUGAAGCACAUGUGGUGUCACCUUAGGCAAGUGACUUUGUUCGUAAUAGGCCAUUGUACCCAUGUGGGGAAUCGAACCAGGUCUUCGGUGUGACGAACGAAUCCUUUAACCACAAGGCUUCCCCACCACCCCUACUAUAUAUGGAAGUGUUUUAUAUGCUUGAAAUGCCUGAAUAUACGGAAAAAUCACAGUACUGUAUAUGUAUAUGAUCAUUCAGAACAUUAACAUUGAAAUAGAGGAUAAUUGACCUCAGAUCAUUAAAGUGUUUUAAAAGGGAAUCACAUGUGUAUUUUACAGGGACCUGUGAGUGUAUGGUAUGGUUUUCUCAAAUUGGGCCAACACAAUGUUUACCCACCCACUUGUUUUAUUUAUUGUGUUGUGUCUGCGGAAGUAUGCUUUAUUCUUAUCCAAAUUUCAACACACAAGGGCAGGUAACUCUACACAUCAUAUUUUCAUAAAUUACAUCUCAGGACAAUACACCUCAUCCAACCCAUAUUAACAAGUCUUAUAUGUUGGACAAACUGCUUUUUCUAAAAAAUUAAAACAAUUUGUACUAAAAUGUACAUAUGUAUUUGUUUAGAGCAAAUGUAUACAGUUAAUAUUCCAUGUGCUUCAUCAUGUUAUUGAUAUUUUAGAUUUGCUUAUUUGUUGUGUAAAGUACUUGUGUGAGGAAACUGUUGACUGUACAGACUAUGUAACUUGUUGUGUGUAUACAUACUAUGUGAUAAGUUAUUUGGCGAUAUAUCAUAUACUAGUAUUGCAUGUGAUCUCGUCUGUAUGACCCAGAGACAUGGAAGUAAAACAAUCUGCAAACA